AUGACAUCACAGCCUGUGAUUAGAGUUGUCAAAGACGAAAAGAAAGUUUCAAAACCGGGUUUGGACAGCGUUCAGGACAUUUAUCUAGCAGGCGAUUAUGGUUGGGGAGAUGGGUUUCAUCCAUCUACUCGCUUGUGUGUCGAAUUUCUCUCUACAGUGCUGUCUCAUGGCAGUGAGAAGGUCAUGUUGGAUUAUGGCACGGGUAGCGGAAUACUGGGGAUUUCUGCGUGCAAGUUUGGAUGCAAAUCAGUCAUCGGUAUUGAUAUUGAUGAUGAGGCAAUCGAAGAUGCCGAACAAAACAUUAUCAGAAACGGCUUGUCGGAUCAGGUGAUAUUUGCUUUACCCCUAGACGAGCCCUGGAUGAAUUCUCUCCAAUUCGACAUAGUCGUUGCAAACAUUCUUGUUGGCCCUCUGAUGAAGCUUGCUCCAGUGCUCUCGCUUGCUGUCAAGGAAGAGACUGGCAAGCUGUGCUUGAGCGGGAUUCGGAACUUUCAGAUUCCUGCCUUGGAAGUCGAGUAUGCCAAGUUUGGAGUAAAAUUUGAACAAAUUCGUACAGGAUGCCAUGAGAACUGGAGAGUCGGUGCAGAGGGGGAAGGAGAAUGGGCCCAAAUUACUGCUACAAGACGGAAGCUUUCUCCUUCAGAAAAGAGGAAUCUAAUAGAUGAAUUCAAUGAUAGAGCUGUAGCUUGA